CAAAUCAUUCAUUUCCUGACUCCUGGUUGAACUGGUAGUUCUGUGUAGACUUGGUAGAAAUAUUGGAACGUUUUCAGGGUUAGAGAAAAGAGUGUUAUUUAGCGAUCUUUAUGAGUGAUAACGAAGUCAAAAUGAAGAGUAAGAUCGACGUGCGGUUAUAUACGAAUAUAAGGAAUGCAUCGUCGAGACUCGAGGUCAGAACUAAGUGUAAGAACAGUGACGAUGAAUCGUGAUCUUAGUGGUUGGCCUUGUCCACUUCAGCAGUCGUCGUCAUCGUCGUCGGCAGCAGCGUUUCGUCCUAUUCACCGCUGUUGUCUUUUUAACAGCGGUGCAACAGUCGAUGAAGAAGAGUUGGCAGAGGAAGAAACACAGAAAAAGAGAGAGAGAGAGAGAGAGAAGUGGAGCAAUAGCAACGGCAAAGACAAAAGCAAAGGCAACUGCAACAGCAUUAGUAAUAGUAGUAAUUAUAGCAAUAAGAGUAAAAACAAAUUAACACAACAACAACAACAACAACAGCAACAACUGGGAGCGCCAAAGAUCGCAUGGAAUGGCAGCGGCCCUGAAGAAAAACCAUUCUCGGAGAAGAUUGGCCGCAUUGACAUUUCUAUCGAACAUCUCUCUCGAUGGAAGUCAUCGUGAUACAAAACUGGCAAUUCUAUCGCGCAAGCCCACCUUUCCUGGGGCCGGUGGAAUCGGGGGUGAAAGAAAGGUUGCAGAACACGCGCGAACUUUGAGCGACGGUGGGGAAAACCGCAGACGAAGUUCGACAUCGAGAUUCGAAUUCGAAGAAGAUUCCUUCGAGGAAACAAGCUCACCUUUAUUAUUGUCCUCGAGACAGUAUAUUGACAGCUCAAUGACUAUCGAUCAAGAUGAAAAACAAUGUUACCGACGAGAUUGUCCGUCUGGUGCUGAUUCCUCGUCCUCGCCUCGCGACUCUCAUAAACAAAUUUAUUGUGCAAACAGUGCAAGGCGCAGAGAUUCGAUUGAUUGUUCAGAUGAAUCUCUUGUCCCCGCUAAGGUGGCUGUAGCUGCCUUCCUAGAACAGGAAAGAAACUAUCCACAUUUACCUUCUUCUGGAUUGCAUACCGGUUCUUUUAGAGAACGCACUGGAACAACUGGGAGCGAUUAUUCCUUGCUCGAGAGACGCGUUGGCUCGUUGCAAUAUAAAAAACGGAUAAGUCAUCAAACAUCAACGCUAUCCGAAGAUAUAAAGCAUCGAUGUAAUAGCAGCAAUGAAAGCAUUGGUUCGCUUCGUUCCAAAUCGCAAUCAACAUUUUCUAAGGCAAAGGGAAAAUCAUCUUGCAACAAUAACAUACAACAAACCGGUACUACUAAUAAUAUACCAGAGAUUACGAAAGCGAUACGAUUGGUACAACGACCAGCUAACAGACAAAAAUUUGGAGACGACAGGCUUGUUUUGGUUUCUGAUAAAUACGUUCCAUUUUUAAUAUUCUCGACUCUUCCUUACAACAAGGGUCGUUCAAGUUGGUCCGAACUGAGGAGAGAUACAGGAAAAAGGAAAAACGUUUCAUCUCAAAGACCGCUGUCUGCUAUCAAUGACACUAUCGAUCCAUUUGGUCUUCUUGGUAUAGAAAGAGCUAAAGACGGACAGGAAAUAUCCUACGAACGAUUGUUGGUGCCAUCGAGACAAUUUCAAAGAGAGAGAAAAUUAUUCUCGACCGAGAGUGAAACGAUAGAAUUAUCUCAUGUUAUAGCAAAUAAGCAUCACCCGGUACAAAGGACAAAAACUAUAACAUGGAACUUGGAUCACACGAAAUGGUGUCUUUCAUAUGACACAGCAACACAUCGUUUGCAGCACAAUGCUCCUGAAUCUCCUCCGUUGUCUUUUGGUGCUGAUCCUAUCAGUAAAUUUUAUGAUUGGGACGAACAAUCCCUGCAAUACAAUCCAAAUUUGUUAGAUGAUCCAGAACUUAUUGCAGGGAAGCAUAGAACUCUCCUGACUUUUACGUCAUAUAUGGCAUCGGUAAUUGAUUAUGUGAAACCUUCCGAUUUAAAAAAAGAAUUGAAUGAUAAGUUUAAGGAAAAGUUUCCACAUAUAGAACUAACGCUCAGUAAAUUACGUAGUUUAAAACGAGAGAUGCGAAAGAUAGCAAAGACAGAGUAUGGCAUUGAUAUGUUGACUGUGGCGAUGGCUUACGUAUACUUUGAAAAAUUAAUUCUUCGUAAUAUUGUGACCAAACAAACCCGCAAAUUGUGCGCAGGUGCUUGUUUACUUCUUGCAGCAAAAUUAAAUGAUGUUAAAGGCGAUGUUUUAAAAUCGUUGAUCGAGAGGAUAGAAAGUGUAUUUCGCUUGAAUCGUAAGGAUCUGAUAACAUCUGAAUUUGCUGUACUCGUCGCAUUAGAAUUUGGCUUACACCUUCCAAAUUGGGAAAUAUUUCCUCAUUAUCAACGUUUGAUAUACGAAUCUUGACCUUCCUUUCCAUCCUUCUUCGUACAAAGACGUCAAACAUUAUCUUCUUAAUCGUGCAAGAAGUUGAAGAUAAAUAUCGAAGCUAACAAAUAUCGAUCCUCGCUAAUGUUGAAUAUAAGUAAAGCAGAAAGAAAUGUGAGUUGAAUUUUUAAAAAAAGAACAUUGGUGGAUGUUUAAUGAUAAAGCGCUAAGUAUGAAAAUUAUAUGCAAUGUGAUAUAAGAUUAAAAUAGAAAUAAAUCAUACAUCUUCAUUUUUACUAAUACAUAAAUCUGAGAAAGAGCUUGCAAAUUUAAAUCGUUUUAAUAAAUUAAAAACGAAAGAAAGAUAUUCUUAUAGAGAGAAAGAAGACAAUAUAAGUUGGGCUCAAUAUUUUAUUUCUUAUUUUAUAAUCAUAUUGUGGCAAUAUGAAUUUAUUUUUCUACGCAUAGUAUAAUUAUUCAUAAAAGCAAAAAAGGCAUAAAAGAGACAAAUGAGAAACUCUUUGAGUUGCAUUUUAGUGAAGCUCAAAAAAUAUAAGAAAUUCGAUGUUAUUAUAUAAUGAAACAAUAUUAGAACAUGCAUUUGAGUUUUUUUUUUAAAAUUCAAGGUUAUUAUUAUACAAUUAUGAUUAAGAUAAUAUCGAAAUAAGCACAAUACAAGUCUUGUUGAUACAGUCCUAAUUACUAUUUUAUUAUUUACAAUGAUUUAUUUUUAACUCAAAGCUUGAUUAUUAUAUAAUUAUAAUAACCUUAUUUUGUGUGCUUUUAACUGUUUUAGUGAUAGAUGAAAUAUUUUAAUGAAAUAUUUUAUUUCUUAUUUCAAAUUUAAACAGUAACUUUAAUGUUUUAUGCAAUUUUAAAGUUUCCUCAUAAAUGUAAUAGAUUAAACAUGAUUAAAAAACUUGUAUAAUUUAAAUUUAAUAAGAGAUGAAGAUCUUAGUUUGAUUUAAAUAUUUUUUAUUUUACCAGAUCUGUAUGUAUUAUCUUGAUCAUCAAAUUAAAUUAUUUCAAAUUACAUACCAUAUGUUUAUGCACAUAAAAGAUAGUGUUAACUAUUAAAUUUAUUAUCGUAUAAAUCUAAAAUACACAUUCUACUACUAAUUGUAAGAUUAAUUCAAGAUUAUAGCAGCGAAUUCACCUAAAUGCGAUGAACAACAAAUAUGGAAUUUGAUAUAUAUAAAGAAACUAAAGAAAUGUCUUUAAUAAUGCCUGAUAUCUAUCUAUUAAUGCCUUCACUCAUAAAAAUGGUAAAAAUACUUACGCGCGUAAUUCAGAUUUUAUUAAUAUUGGUUUUUAUUAUUUUCUCGUACUCUUGUAAUUUCAAUGAUAUUUCAGUGGAUCAUCUUAAAUGACAUACUGUGUAUAUUUUAUAUUGUUUUGCUAUGAAUAUGUUUUACCAAUAGUUAACUAUUUAUAAUAUUUUAUCUAAAUAUAUCAUUUUCA